UUGUAAACUGACAAGAAAUUAGAGGUUUUUGUAAGUGCCAAAACAUGACACUGGAGAGCCGAAGAAUUCUUAGGUAUGGCUCUGCACAAGCUUCUACUCAUACAGUGACGGAGAAGUCUUCUCUUUAGCAGAUUUACAAGAACGUGGUUAUGUGUCCCUAUCCAUGGAAGGCACUUUUGCAAGGGCUUUAUACUCUUUCCAGGCAGAAAGCCCUGGUGAACUCUCUGUUCCUCAGGGAGGUAUCAUAAGAAUUACACAAUACAUUAAUAAGCACUGGUUGGAAGCCAGUUAUGACGGAGAAAUUGGCUGGUUUCCUGUUACUUAUGCAGAAAGAUUAGAAAAUGAGUCACACCAAGAGAGAGCUGUACCAUCAAGUGCUGGAGCACAACACCAACAUGCAUCAUCAAGGGAGCAUAAUGGCAAUAAAUUCAAUGAUAUUUUAGCAAAGCUAGGAAAUCCUGAUGGUUCUAUAGUGGAGACUGCUUUUGCAUUUUGUGCUCGUAAUGACAGUGAGCUUACCUUUCCAAGUGGUGCUCUGAUAGAGGUCACAAAAGAUGUUGAUGAAGACUGGAUGGAAGGCUCGUUUAAUGGAAGGAUUGGGCUCUUCCCCAAGAGUUACAUUAAAUCCUCUGAGAGGCCAUGUGCCCAUGCUGUGUACCCAUUUGUUGGGGAAAGUGAAGGGGAAUUGACAUUUCGUGAAGGUGACCGUAUCUUUCUUCAUAAACGUUUGAAUUCACAGUGGAUGGAAGGAGAAAUCAAUGGAAAUGUGGGACUUUUUCCUUCAAGCUUUGUGGCUGUUGAGGUUGACUUACCACCAGAGGAAAAUAGGUUUGAAAAUGAAUUCUUUUCUUUUGUGGACUCAUCUUCUAAACCCAGAGACCACAGCAAUGCAAUCAUUUCUAAUGUUAAAUGGAAGCCAGGAAUGAAAGGAAAGGCAAUGUUUCAUUUUACUGCAUUGUAUUCAGGAGAUCUUGAGUUGAAUAAGGGAGAUGUUGUGACCGUUCUUAACACUGACGAUGAUAACUGGAUAGAGGGCCAGCUGGAUAGUGGAAUUUGUGGUUCAUGCCCUGCUGCAUAUCUAGAACCUGUUUAUGACAUAAACACGGAGUUUUCAGAUAGGAAGCCUCCAAGGAGGACACAAAGACUCACAUCUGAUGACAGUUUUUCCACUAUAUUUGACAACAAAGUGUCUGAUUCAGGUUAUUUGAGUGCAUUGCACAAGGGUCAGAAAGGUAAUAGUGUUGUUGAAUCCUCCCCAAGGAAGGAAAGGAAUUCUUACAAUUCUCUUUUGGACUCAUCUUUCACUUUGGAUCCAACUCCUGCACUUCUACCUUCUAACUUACCUACUUCGAGAUAUACUUCUGAAACUGUACAAUUAAAUAAACCUGUUUUAAAACCAAGGCCAGCAAUCGGAACUAAGCCAAACCACAGUUAUUCAGUGAAAUACUUAGGAGGUGAGACCCGACAAGAACCCACUACAACCAGAAGUCACCAAACAGUGGUUAGUUCUGUCAUUGCUUUGCCAUCACAUGGAAGAGUUUCAAUGUCAAAUGCAAAAGAGAGGACUGAAUAUUUUUCCUCAGAGACUGCAAAUUUGCAAAAUCGUUCUCAGUUUCAUCUUUCAAGUUAUCAGAAUUCUUCUGGAACUUGGCCUGGUAAACGAAUUGGUAAGAGUGGACAUAUGUCAAUUGAAAAUACAAGUGGGAGUUUUGAUGAUGAAUUUGAUUUGCUGUCAGGAAACUGCACUUCUCUUCCUUCACCACUUUUACCCUUACCUCAAAGAGGAUUGGAGGAUGAAAACAGUGAAUCAAGUGCGUCAGAGGAUUCUCCAAUCACACCCAGACGACCAGCACCCCCUCCACCUAUAAGAAACAGCAGUCAUGGAAUUCACAUGCGUAGCAGCACACUACCUGCUAACAGUUUGAAGGGACUUGCACAAGGUCACUUAAAUGGGGAGGGUUCAAUGUUAAAAGGAAAGGAUCAACAGCAAUUGGAUUUAAAAUACAUCAAACAGAAUGGAAAGCCACAUAAUAUUUCUUUAUUGGAAAGUGCAAGUCACAGUGGUUUGAACCUUAGAGAAUCUUCCCAGUCAAGGUUGGAAGAUAAACCUAAACCCCUGGCUAGGCCACAUUCUGUGUAUUGGAAAGACAUGGUGGACAGUGGUUAUGUAAAAGAGAAGAGUCAGCAGAAGCUGAGGCAUUCAAACAGUCUAGAGCAGUCAAAGCAGAAGAAAUUCAGUAGUGUUGCACAAAGUGAUCAACAGUCUUUGAACAAAGGUGGCAGUCCAACAGAUGAAAUGGAUGUUCCAGGCCUAACAACACUGCAGGAAAGAAUUGCAGAGGCAGAAGAGAAUCUGAAGAAAGAAAUGAAAGUUUACUCUGGUUUUAAAACCAUUUCUCAGCUUGUCAUGACUGACCCUGUAAAGCAGAGGGAAAUGGAGGCAAAGAUUUCACAGAGCCAACAAAAGAUAACAGAAUGGGAGGAAGAAUUAAAAAAUCUCAAAGAUGAGCAAGUGUUUUUGAUAGAGUCACACCGGAAGAAAAUGCUGAAGGUUAAAAUAGGAGACUUGGAAGCAGACCUAGAUAAACAAGUCAGGAGUCAGAGAAGUCUUGAAAUGUUACUUGGUGUGGUAGAGGAGAACAGAAAGAAGGAGGUUAUGGAAAAUCUUGAAGUUUGUGCUGAGCUUGUGGAUAAGAUUAGAACAAAAAUCACUGAAUUAGAAGCUUCCUUGCACAGUCUAACAGAAAAGCCAGCUGCAUCAAGCCAAAAGCAUAUGGCAGAACAGAGACAACGAGUAGUAACUGAACUUAUCAAUACAGAGAAGGAUUACUGCAAUGAUCUUGAGCUUUGUGUAACUUAUUUUCUUCGUGAGCUACAAAUUUCUCAGGUGAAGGACCUCGACUGUGAAGGAUUGUUUGGUAAUAUCGAGAGUGUCCUGAAAACCUCACAGAAACUUCUAACCAGCUUAGAAAAUGCUGUCGAUGAUACGAAAGGAAAUGAUCAAGAACUUGGAAAGUGCUUUGUGGACAUAGCUGAUGAAAUGAAGGAAGUUUACGCUGUUUAUUGUAGAAAUCACGAUGAUGCUAUCUCGCUCAUGGAAAAGUAUGAAGAAAUACCAGAUAUACAAGAUGCCUUUACAAAGUGUCUGGACAAAAUUAGGGAACACACAAGGUGUUGGGACUUGCCAUCGUUUCUUAUCAAGCCGGUCCAACGAGUUCUCAAGUAUCCGCUCUUAUUGAAUGAACUGCUCAAGUACACGGCUGAAAUCCACCGAGAUAAGUACAACUUGAUAAAGGCUAUAUCAGUCAUGGCUGAUGUGGCAAACGCCAUCAAUGAAUUUAAAAGGAGAAAAGAUCUUGUUGUCAAGUACAAGAAAGUAGAAGACAGUGGUUUAACAAACAUGAUACAAAAACUAAAUUGGCAUUCAGUUGUGAAGAAAGGAUCCAGAUUUAAUCAGAGGCUGACACAGCUCACAGGACUCGUGUCACAGACUGUCGACGAAAAGUUCAUUGAAGAAGAGAAAAGAUUCCGCACAAUAGAGAAAACAGUAAAAACGAUGUUGAAGAACAUUUCUGCUUAUCUGGAGGACUUUAAGGAAGCUAUGGAAUGCCACAAGUGGUCAGGGCAGAAUGUCAGCGACUUUUAUCAAGAAGCUUCAACGUGCUCUGAAGUUUCCACUUUUCAGAGAAUACAAAUGAAGAUUGGUGAAACUGUUCUAACCAGAUUCAUGGACAGUGUUCAAACGCAGGUUUUAUCCCCGCUCAACUCCUUACUCAACUUGUUUCAAGGCCCCCAGCGUUUAAUCCAAAAACGAAACGAUAAAUGCUUGGACUACGACCACAGGUCAAACAAGAUUGACAAGAUUAAAGACCGAGAAAAGUUGAAAGCGGCUAAAGAAGAGCUGGAACUUGCGAAGAAAAACUACGAGGCUUUGAACACUCAACUGCUGGAAGAGAUCCCUGGGUUUACUGAGAAGUGUAUAGCUUUAGUUCUUGACUGUCUGGAAAACUUUGCUAUAGCACAAAAGAAACUGUACAAUGAAGUUCACGAAGACUACGACCAACUUUUAGAGCUUCCAGUUGUGCAGGAAAUCGACGAAGACAUUAUCGAGCAUCACAGCAAGAGAUCGAUGCAAGUUAUGGAACAGUUCUCAGAGCUCAGCUUUAUACCUUGUAGUUUUGUGGCAAAAGACAGUUCUCGGAAGAAGAGGAGAUCUGUGAUAAAAAGCCCAAAUUUACUAUCCAACCAUCUUGAUACGGUAGAAGAUGAUAACGGAAACAAGACCAGUUUAUUAGAUUCCACGCCCAACGAAGAGGGUGAAGAGGCUGGGGUGGCCAAGAGAGAGGAUCCAACAUCCCCUUCUCCCAGGAUUCAUCAACCACGACCAGCACCUCGAAAACGUAGUAGCGUAACACAACCUGGGCCCAACGAAAAUGACAGCUCACUUUUUGAAGGAAAACUUCCCGUAGAUAGCAAGCUCUACGUUGUCGAAUACAACUUCGUAGCCCAAAGUGCAGGGGAGUUGUCGGUAUCCGAGGGAGAUAUCGUGUCCGUCCUUCGACACACGGACAGUAGUGGUAACCCAGAAUGGUGGCUGAUUCGCUCAAAUGCUGGUUCUACGGGUUUUGUACCGGAGAGCUAUUUAUCUCCGGUGGAUGACGGUGUCAGCGGAGGAGAUGGUCAAGACGAUGCUGAGGAUGAUGAAAGUUCUUCCCCUAGCAAUUUGACGACAGAGAAGAAGGAUCAAGAUACAAGCGCAGUGGAAACUUCAGCUUCAUUAUACUACUGUGCUGAUUUCGCGUUUGAGGCCAGCAGUACAGCAGAGCUUAGUGUAAACGAGGGGCAAUUAGUUGCCGUUUUACAAAAGCAAGAUUUGACAGGGAAUGACGAAUGGUGGCUUGUUGAGGCACAAGGACAAAAAGGAUACGUUCCUUCGAGUUAUUUAACACAAGUGGAUCAUUGAACUUGCUUAUUGCAAGUUUCUGAUAUUUCUUCAAAAGAGCGAAUCACUGGAAAAUUUUAUUGAACUGAAUGCUCUGAUUUAUUCGUGUGAACUGAUUCAUUUUUCGCGCGUACUAGUUCAUUAGAGAUCAUAAUUGUACAAGGGUUAGAACCGGUACCAGGUGCGGUAAAAGCUGCAUCAGCUGAAGGAUAAAUUAUGCUUCUGAUUCGUUGAGAAGGAAAUCGUUAGGAGUGAGAAAAAUUCCUUGGAAACAAUCCAUCAUUAAGUAAGACUGUUUGAGGCAUUUACUAAAUACUCAGAGUCGUGAGGCUCAAGGGCGAUAUUUCAAGACGGUGAAUGAAGUCUUGCUAGCCAGUGACAUCGGCCAAAAUGAUAUAAUGUGAAUGCCGAUGAAUUGGAAGUCUACUCAUAUCGGGUUUUUUUUUUCAACCCAGAGAGCGAAAGUUCAAAGACUUAUCUUGCAGCUACCCGUUUAUAUGGCAUUGCUUUCCACAAGCUAGGCUACAUUGUGGGCUGAUAAAUAAGGGGUUAAUUUUGUAAAUAUAAAUAUAAAUUGGUCACUGUAAAGAGUCUCUAAAGCUAAAGUCUCGAGCUUUAGCCCUUAGUCAGAGCUAGUGAACUGUGGGCAGUUGACAGCCAUUUGUCAGUAUGCCAAUUAGUUUGUUACUAGUUUGAUGCAAUAGCUGUUCGUUUUGCCUGACGUUCUUCAAUGAACAAUAUUGUGGCUUUUUCUGCCGUAACGUAUAGUUGUUACUCAAUCUGCUAACGUUAUAGGGGAGUACUACUCCAAAUUAUUAAUUUCAAAUGUGAAGUCAUUUGAUUUAUAUGCUGGAAAGUCUCAUACAGAUAUGAAAUGUUACGUUUGCACAAUUACCACAAUUACCACAGUUCUGAGCAAAGGUAUGUGUAUUCAUUUUCCAGUGGAAGAUUCCAACAGCUUUCCUUGCAUGUUAAAUUUUGUUGUAGAUAGUCAACGCUUUUUUUGUCCUUGGGCAAAUCAAGCCAUACUCGUAGAUAGAUUAUUUUGAAAUUUUUUAAGAAACGUGAUGAAAGAGGUUUUUUUUUUGCUUAACAGUUUUUGAGGAAAGAAAUAAUGCAUUGCUUGUAGAUGGUCCAUUAUAGAAAAAUUAGAAUUACAUAUGUUCAUUUAAAAAAAAAUAAGAAUCAAUAAUUUUAUGCACACAGUGUUGUAAAGCCAAAUAUUUGCUCAAACUGUGUCAAUUUUAAUGAAUUUAUGGCAUAACAAUUACCAGGUGAAUGCCUUUAUACAGAUUUUUUUUUUUUUUAAUAAAACCUAUGUUCAACAUU